AUGGCGGGCGGGCGGGCUAGUCACACGCCAUUCUGGCGUCAAGAACUGCUCGGUACCUACGUACCCUACCAGCCUCUAUCGGGAGGGAUUUCCUCUGUCCCGAGAGGAACUACGGAGUACUGUACCGGUAGGUACUACUACUACGUCGCAGGCAAGUUGUACAAGUACUUAUUACCCCUGGCAUGUCUCGUUGUCUCCGGCGGCACUACGGCCUUAGUUGUCCAAAUUGUCUCCUCUGAUGACUCGCCCCGCCCCCCCCCCCUCCCCCUCCCCCCCUCCCCCUCCCCCCUCCCCCCUCCCCCUCCCUCCUUUGCCCCUUGCCUUUUUUCCGAACAAUCAGUUGUAGCUGCCCAAGAUUCAAGAAGGCCUGGAACACGCCGGCUGGUGUGGAUUUCCCCAGAUUUGAGUCCAAGCCCAGGACCCCCCAAGGUUCAGGGCAGUCCGUCACUUGUAGGGUCAGGCAGGGCAUCGCAUGGCAAGGCAAGGCGUUGCAAGGCAAGGCAUGGCAUGGCAUGGCAUGGCAUCGCAGCGCAUCGCAUCACAUCGCAUCGCAUCGCAUAUUGCCCUGGAGCGCUUGAGGGAAGAGGGAAAGCGAAAGAAAGCACAUGGCGCGGGCUGUCGGUCGCAACCCGACCGUGGUGCCACCAAGUAGGGAAAUGCCGAACCCGGGUCACCAUUCAGAAACUCGAAUCGUCCUUCCUCCAAGUCCCCCAAGUCCCCCAAGUCCCCAUGGCUGAUUCCAUGUGGGAAAAAGUCUCCUGA